AUGCUGAAUGUUAUUGCAGCAAUACAAGAGGUAUUCACUGCGAACUACAACGAAAUAGCACAGCAGAAACUGAAGAGAUAUCGUUUUAAUUUUAGCUCAACACAAAGACUUCGUUUCUACUCUUUUCUCUCGUUGGGUGUUUUGGCCUGUGCCUUUCUGAUCUUCUGCUUUACUCAGCCAGUCACAAGAAUACUGAUAAACCACACAGAGUGCACAUCUAGAGAGUGCAGGUACACUUUUUCCGUAGGCACUCCACUGAAUAAGCAUACGUAUUUGUACGGUAUAGUCAAAGGAGCAGCACAGACACACAUGAAGUACAGCCCAGAUGAUGAUUCAAAGCUGAUCGACAAAAUAGCAUCAAAAAUGACAAACCAGGAUGGCCAGGAAGAAGACGUACAGAAGAUAGAAGAGUGCCGUCCAUACAUAGAAAACGGAGUGUGGAUGUAUCCCUGCGGCGUUCUUAUGUCCACGUAUCCAUUCGAUAAGUAUUCCAUACUCACCCAGCAGAAUAAAGAAGUUCCCAUGGUCUCAGACAGAAAGUCGCAGAUCAAAAGCUGGAUGAGUCCUUCCUCUUUCUCCUCUGCAAAGUACAAAAUAGGAGAGAUAGAAGGGCUGCAGCCAGGAGAGUAUACUUUACUGGUGAAAAAACAGACAGAGCAUCCCCUUCCUGAAAGAUCGCUUUUGCUUGUGGGAAAUAUAGGAGUAUUUGGCACAAUAUUCAGCAACGCAGGAAUUUACAUAAUUAUAACAGUCGUGCUGCUAGCUGUAGUAAAUGCCGUUGCAUGUGCUUACUAUGUAUAG